AUGGCACGCACAAAACAAUCUGCAAGAAAAAAUGCUUAUCCCUGUUCACCAUCUUCAUCAUCUCCAUCAUCUGAUUCAUUUCAACGCUCACCUUCUCCACUGCCACGACCAAUUCCACCACACAUCUCCUCUGAUACUUCGUUUUCUGAUUAUCUUUCAUCAUCCCCUGAAACUAACCCUAAUAAUCUUCCUAUCAAUCACAAUCCUCUAUCCACUGUUAUUCCACCACUAUAUACAUGUCCUCCUCCUAAUAUUGCUCAGGCUCCUCCUCAUAUAAGAAAACCUAUGAUACCAAAAAGACGUUCCAUGAGAGUUCAAUCUGGCAUUGGAACUUCCAAAGCCAAAACAGAAAAACCCUUUUACUUCAUCAUCUCCGAUCCCGAGACUGAUGACUCAUCUGAAACUCCUCCUCCCACAACUGUUAAAGAAAAAGCACAACUCAAACCCAUCACUCCUUCAAAAUCUUCAUUCUCUUCUGAACCCUCUCAAUCAACUCCUCCAAAUCAAAAAAGGACAUUGAUCGAAGAAAUAUUUUCCUCUCUUCCAAAAUCAUCUCAACCUUUAACUCAAUCCAAAAAGACCAUGAAAACUAAAACCACCAUGACCAUUGCCCAGUUUAUAUCUCCAUCUCCAAAAUGUUCCCUUGUUCCAAAUCCAGAACGUUCUACAAAUCAAGAACGUUCUCCGGUAAGUAUCCCCUCACGCUCUCCACAAAAAGAACGUUUUCCACAUCAAGAACGUUCUCCUGCUCCUCCAAUCUCUCCUUCAGAACCUUCUCCAAAUCCAGAAACUUUUCCACUCUGUACACCACCCCCGUCAACAAAAACCAAACGUUCUCCAACACCAAAACGUUCAUCUCCAUCCACUUUUCAAACAUUUGAACCAUCUUUGCCUACCAAAAAAUCCAAACCAAAUACACAACCUCUGAUUUCCCCCAAAAACUCCAAAUUUUUCAAAGAUAAGUGGGCUCAACGCCCAAUUGGAAUCGGUCGAGUUUUUGUCUUUGAUAAACUCAUUGUUGAUGGUAAUGUUGUCCAGCAUCACACUGAUGCUCUUGGUUGGACUUCAUUCUUACAAACAUCUGAGUGUUAUUACCCUGAUGUUGUCCGAGCAUUCUACUGCAAUGCAAAAACCUUUUAUGAUAAAUCCCUUAUCAUAUCCACGAUUAAGGGAAUUGAGAUCCGCCUAACCCCAGAUAUCUUGGCCUCCAUUAUUCAACUACCAAUAGAAGGACCAUCUGUGUUUGGCAACCAGUGGUAUUCAGCUUUGAAUCUAAAAUAG